AUGGGUACCCCCAUGAUGUCCAAAACAAAGGGUCUCACUAGUGAUAUUCCCUUCCCUGACCCUGGUCAUUGUCAUUGCAUUGUUGGUGCCCUUCAAUAUCUUACUCUCACUCAUCCCGACUUAGCAUUUUGUGUCAACAUUGUCUCACAAUUUAUGCACUCACCCACCAUUGCUCAUUACAAAAUGGUAAAAUGCAUUCUUUGGUAUUUACAUGGUACAGUUGAUCUUGGUAUGCAUUUUACUUCACAAUCUAUACUUGAUCUUUAUGCCUUUUUUGAUAUAGAUUGGGCUGGUUGUCCUCAAACUGGUCGCUCUACAACUGACUAUUGUGUGUUCUUGGGCAGCAACUGCAUCUCCUGGUCCACUAAGAAACAACACAUUGUCUCGCGCUCCAGCUCCAAAGUUGAGUAUCGUGCUAUGGCCCACACCGCUGCGGAACUUACAUGGAUCUCCAUUUUGCUUAGUGAUCUUGGUGUUCAACUCUCAUCACCACCCAUCCUCUUCUGUGAUAAUUUAAGUGCUCUUUAUAUGACUGUCAAUCCUGUUUUCUAUGCUCGUAGCAAACAUAUUGAGAUUGACUACCACUAUGUACGAGAACACGUUGCUCUUGGUCUUCUUGAAACACGGCAUGUCUGGCCUCUCUUCUACUUGCGGAUAUUUUUACCAAACCUCUUGGUCGUCCUGCCCUUUAUUCUCUACGUUCCAAACUUAGCCUUCUACCUCAGCACAGUUUGCGGGGGCAUAUUGAAGAUAAUCCCAUAG